CGUUCAGGGCGUCUCUCUCUCUCUCAGGUGAAGGAAACCUGCAAUGCCACAGGUUUUAAGUCAUUCAGAACUGCAGGGGACGUAGAAGAUGGGUAACAAGGCUUCAAGUGCUGAUUUUGAGUGGGUUUACACAGAACAGCCCCACACCGACAGGAGGAAGCAAAUCUUAGCUAAAUACCCGGAGAUUAAAUCCCUCAUGACCCCAGAUCCUCAUUUAAAAUGGAUCGUAAGCUUGAUGGUUCUCUUUCAGUUCGUGUCGUGUUACUUGGUGAAGGACUUAUCCUGGAAGUGGCUGGUGUUCUGGGCCUAUGUCCUGGGCGGCUGUGUCAACCACUCCCUGACUCUCGCCAUCCAUGACAUCUCCCACAACGUGGCGUUCGGGAACAAGGACGCCAAGUGGAACCGCUGGUUUGCCGUGUUUGCCAACCUGCCCAUCGGGAUGCCUUACUCCGCCUCUUUCAAGAAGUACCACAUAGACCACCACCGGUACCUAGGGGGUGAAGGCCUGGAUGUCGACGUGCCCACUGAGUUCGAGGGCCGCUUCUUCUGCACGCCUGCCCGCAAAAUCGUCUGGCUCUUCCUGCAGCCGCUCUUUUACGUCCUGCGGCCAUUGUAUGUCAACCCUAAGCCUAUCACGCAAAUGGAAUUGGUCAACGCCGUGGUCCAGUUGGCUUAUGACCUCUUCAUUUACUACGCGUGGGGCCUGAAACCCAUGUUCUACAUGUUGGCCAGCUCCAUGCUGGGUAUGGGCCUGCACCCGUUCUCUGGACACUUCAUCGCUGAACACUACAUGUUCCUGAAGGGAUACGAAACCUACUCCUAUUAUGGACCCCUCAACUGGUUGACCUUCAAUGUGGGCUAUCACAUGGAGCAUCACGACUUCCCGAGUAUCCCUGGCAGCAAGCUACCCCUGGUAAAGAAGAUGGCACCUGAGUUUUACGACAAUUUGCCUCAGCACAGCUCCUGGGUUCGAGUCCUCUGGGAUUUUGUAUUCUGUGACUCCAUUGGGCCAUUUGCUCGGGUCAAACGAAUAUGUAAACUGGUGAAGGAGCAGUGAACGCAAGUUCCAGCCAAAUCGCUGGUCAAUUCCCACACUCCUUCCCCCACUUUAGUAAAACAAUAAAUUGUUAUUUAUAAUUAUUUUCCAUGGACUGACACCCGAAACCAAGCUCUGUCGCCAUUGGUUGGUUUUCUUCACAAGAGGAUGCUUUUGUAUUUCAGUUCUGUUCCAGCUGUCAACACCAGCAUUUUAGUAAAAUGUAAUUGUGGGUGGGUGUGAAAAAUGAUUAUACUUUAUCCACAUAAACACCCAACAAUAAAUCUAGACUCUAAUUCCAAAUUGGAGUUUGGAGAAAGUAUUUUGAGGUGUGCAAUGCUGGAGGGGAUGUGCCUGUCACUGUGUAACACUGGAGUAUUGUACUGGUGGGGACAGGUGUUGCUGCUGGGAGUAACCGGAUAGGAUUGAUUGAGGGUCACAACGUACAUACAAUGUACCUCAAUCUUGCAUAGACUUGUGUCCAGUGCAAUUUAGUGCCGGUUUUCUGGACCCUAGUUCCUCACCUUGGACAGAAGCUCAGGUGUUUGAGAGGAGUCUCUUGGGAUUUGCUUAUCUUAAUCAGGACUCUGCAGGGAAUAUCACAGCAGUGACCUUAGAGGGAUAGACACACCUUAGCAGUGAGAAAAUUACAAGCCCAGUCCAGAAUACUUAAGGGACAACACACAUUGAGUUAAUGAAAUGUGUAAAUCCUGGUGUUGACAGUGGCCCCAGUGACUGGAUCUCUUCAACUGUGGGAAAUGGGAGUUACCCUCCAGUGAGACUUGAGCAGGAAGUGAGUGACUUGAUGUGCAAUGGGUACCCAACUGGCGGAAGACUGAAAUAUCCGUCAAUUAGGAAAAAUCUUCCCAUUUUUACAAUGUUUUUUUUUCACCUGUUGCACAUGCAGAAUCCAAAGUGCCCCCUUCAAGACAGAAGAGGAAAAGCCCAACCUCAGAAGAACUGGGUUUCGCUUAGUGUUUGGAGGGGGGGAAGGGCAGGGGGAAAUGGGUCACAAUGGUCACUUUUCCCCCUCUCCCAGAUAUUGGUAUGCUGGCUGGGCCCUGAGAGAACUGAGUGGGCAGCCUGCACCUGCUUCCCAGCCCAAUUACCCUGUUAGCACCAACGAGUGAGUGGAUGCCGGGGUAAGGAUGAAUUCACAGAUGAAUAUCCACCUGAUGCCUCACCGUGCAAGUUUUGAACUUGAUGUGGGACUAUUUGGGACCAAUCAAUCCGAAGGGGGAGAGAGAAAUUUUUGGGGAGAGAGCACUGCUGCUGUGAGUAAUUUCACAACUCUAUUCUGUCUUAACAUCUGUAUCUAAAAUUAAAAUGAAUCCUAAAUAA